AUGAUCGCGCGACGGGCGUUCCAUCCGUGCGUCGCCGCGUGGGGCACCCUGUCGGGCCUAGCACGGCGUGAGGCUCUAGCUGCAGCACAAGGGCCCUCCUGCCGGGCGUACGCGCGCGGGGCGGUCAGCACGGAGGAGGCGUUCAAGGACGACAAGACCUUCCAGCUCUUCCUGCAGGCGAUCAAACCGAUGAAGGAGGAGGACGUGCCGGCCAUGUCCGAGGAGGAGCUCGCGACGGCGAAGCACAUGACCGACAAGUGGGCGCAGCUCCGGCGAGCGGAGGACAUCGCCUGGCGCUCGGACAUCAACGAGAAGAUCCGCCUGCGCGACGCCGCCAUCGCCGCGCUCCCGGAGCCCCUCCGCGCCGCGGCCCUCGAGCCGGACCUCGCGCCGUUCCCGCUGGCCCGGUGGAUCGCGACGGAGAGUCCCCCCGCGCGGCUGGACGACGCGGACCCGGACGAGGCGGCCGACGCCGCGCAGGAGCAGCGCACGGAGCAGGACGUGCUGCGCGGGAAGGUCGGCGCCGGACGGCGGCAGCGCGGGUGA